UUAUUGUGUGUACUUCCUGGUCCAAUUAUAGUACUGGCUAUCUGCCUCCAUGAAGCACAGCGCUCUGCCUCCUCUUCACUUGCGUCCUAACGACGGAUGGGAGCGCAGGAAAGACGGAUGUAGCUUCACUGUUAUAUGUAUUGAUGUUUCCAGACGUCCACAGCAGCCCGUGUAGUCAGAUUGUGGCCGAUUUCAGACGUGCACGCCACGCAACUCCUGCCUGAAAUCACAUUUUCUUUUGUCUGCGCAACUGGCAUCAACAUUUUUUGGUAUGUGGGAUCAGGGAUUGAAAAGUAAACACGCCGGCCUGCGCUCAUGAUCGGUGGGGAGGUGAGAUUGAUACCUCGGACUCGGAUUGUCCUUGAUCGCAAAUUGAUUUGACUUCGGAGCGGAGCAGCUCCAAUGGCGUCAGUUUCGAAGGUGUCUAUUCUGGAUUACUUUAAUAUUGUGUUUGAAGGUGAAAAUGGCAAAAUCGAGUCCAACUGCAAGGCUUGUGGUACGAGGAUCCAGGCGAAGAGGAGUGUCACGUCCAACUUCGUAACGCAUCUCAAGCGAAAGCACCAGGCUAUGUAUGAUGACUUUGUGAAAAGGAAGGAUAUGAAGAGAGAGGGUUACUCCUCCGGUUCCCUGCACAGUUUUACCACAAAUGGAGGGAAUAACCGCUACACUCUCCCCAUCAGUACUCGAGUGGGGGGAGGAGGUGGAGGAGGAGGAAGUGCUGGAGGAAUGGGAACUCUUGAGGGAGGAGUAGGCGGAGGCUCUGGUGGAGGCGUGACCAAGUUUGACAGACAUGACCCACGUCAGGUUCUGAUCUCUGAGGCUAUAGCUAAGAUGAUUGUGCGUGAUCUGCAGCCAGUAUCCAUAGUGGAAAAUCAAGGUUUCAGAGAGCUGCUUCAGCUCCUGGAGCCACGUUACACCCCUGAGCCACAGCACUACAUCCAGAGCCAGCUCCUCCCGGCCUACGUCUACCAGGCACAGCUAGCAACCCGUCAGGCACUGGCCUCAGCGCACGCACUCAGUCUCAGCCUGGAUCUCUGGAGGGGCUUAACUGGAGCCACUUCAGGGUAUGUCGGUGUCACCUGUCAUUUUCUCACAUCUGAUUGGCAGAUGCGCUCAGCUCUCCUGGCGUGCCUUCCCCUGACUGGAGGCAGCUCUGGGAAUCGUGUGCUUUCAGAUUUUGAUGAAGUAUGUCACUCUCAUGGCGUGUCGGGGAGAGCAUUUCGUGUGGUUGUGGACCAUUUCCUCGCAGCAACAACGACUGCAAAGCCAUGUUGUCUUCCUGGUUUCCUGGUUGAACCUUCUCUCGCUCACGGGCAAGAUGAAGAGGAUGGGGGAGAAGUGGACAAUGGUAACAAUGUGGAGGGAGGGAUCAGGAAUGGCCAUGGUGAUGGAGGAGAGGAUGAAGAGUGGGAGGACUUGUGGGAUCAGGGUCUGGGUGUUUGUCGUGUGGACUGUUUCUCUCGCUCGCUUGAACAGUGUGUCAGAGAGGGGUUACGCUCCUGUCCACAGGUCACUUCCACUCUGGCCAAGGCUGCCUGUUUCUACAACUACAUUACCUCUGCUGUCCCACCUGAGAAACUUAGCCAGGUGUUUGAUGGUCCUGGGUUGAGCAUGGGGGCACCAGGAAAUACCCCCCCUGUAGCAAGAGACUGGGCGGCUCAGCUUAAGGUGCUUCGUCGGCUGCUGGACUCAGUGGAGUUCUUGGAGGAGGUGAGUGGUCCAGGAGAGAUGGCGCUGGGCGGUUCAGAGAGAGGCCUACUGAGGGAGCUCACUGACACUUUGGAGCCCUUCACUGAGGCCUGGGACAUGGUGCAAGGGGACAGACAGGCAGACGUACAGACAGAUAGACAUGUGUCCAUCAGCCUGGCUCUGCCUUGUGUUCUCGGUCUCCGUAAGCAUCUCUCUGAGACCUCAACCCCCCACUGCCCCUCUCUCCUUGUGGGCCUAAGCCAGGCUGUAGAGCGUCGGCUGGCGCCGGUCCUGGAGGACCCUCUCUACAUCACUGCCACCACCCUGGACCCCCAGUUUAAGCUCACUUGGAGCAGCAACCCUGACUGGCACAGACAAGUUCUCAUAGAGGAGUUGUCCAAACAUUCCACAGCCUCCAGCCCCGUAGACCCCAACACAAACCUACAUCCUCGAUCCCAGACCCCUCCUGACCCAGCUCCAUCACCGGUCUCCUCACUUUCUCGGCCCUGCAAGCUGUUCUCUUUCAUCAAGCAGAGACCCACAGCACAGGCCAAGAGCCUGGAGCAGGAAUUGUCUGUCUACCUACGGGAGGAACCCACAGAUGAGGAGGCUUUGCAUUACUGGCAGCGUAAAGCAAUUGACUUUCCUCUGCUUGCUCAGGUGGCCAAGAGGGCGUUUACCAUACCUGCUUGUGGCACUGUAGUCGAGAGCAUUUUUACUACUGCAGAGCGCUGUCUGCGGCCAGAGAGAGGCCGCGUCUUGCCAAAGAGCCUGGAGACGCUCAUCUACCUCAAAGCGAACUACAGAUUAUUAUGGACUUAAAGCUAGGAGUCAAGCAUUUCUUCUACCUAAAUAGCAACUAAAGACUUUAUACCUGCAGAAAAGUUACUUCUUGAAUUCUAACCUCUUUUCUUCACGAAGGAAACUGGGCAAGCAACAUAACAUCGUACUGAUGCUACACAUCAUUCGAUGUGAGAUGGAAUGAAUCACAGUUCCCCUUCAUAAGAAGGGUUCUCCAGACUGUUGUAGGGGUCGAUUGCUGUCUGUUUACCACAUCGCCUGAAUGCUGACUUUCCUAGUAUAUGCUGUGGGCUGAAGGGACUAGAAGCAGAUCAAUACAAAAGCAUUUACUUUGACACUAUUUUACCUGGUCGGGGUCUACAGAUAACUGCAAGACCACAAAAGCCCAGACUCUCUACUCCCAAACCCAAACAGAGCUUCGGUCUGUGCACCGACAUGCAUUCAAUAACCAAAUGGUCAAUUAUUGCAUACUUAAGCAUCUGAUAUAUUCUCACUGAUAUACAAUAAACCUAGAAGUUGUACCUAA